UUGACCGGAGACCAAAACGCUUUUUGCUUCUCUCUCUUCUCGUCGGGUGAAGUUCUCCGGAGGAAAAAGAAGAAGAAGAAGAAGAAGAGCAAAGAACUGAGAAUGGAAAGCUUAGACACUAAUUUUCCUGUGCGCCAUAGAAAGAUCUCCUUUGAAAGUAAGGGAAACAAGACAGAGAUUGUGAUCUGCAGCUAUGAAGAUCAUAUCCUUGUCAUAGCAACACAGAUUGGAGCCUUGGGAACUAUAUUGCACGCAAGGAAGGAACAAGGGAUGUCUGUUGAACCAACAUUUAGUGUUUCAGUGAUAUUCGGAAAGCGAGAUGAGCCAAUGCUGACAGCAACUGCUCGAAGACUCAUUGAACACAUAAGAUGGAACACUAGAAAGUGCUCAUCAAAAUCUCAUAGUGAUGCAAUCUCUUUUGAACUCUUCAGUUCUGUUGUUCCCUCGAAGCCUCUGGUUCUUUCACUGGGUCUCAAAGAUCAUUCUGCGGAGACGUUGAAGGAAAUAGUUACGACUGUGAUUGAGAAUCGCAUUUGGUAAUGCUUUUUUUUGUAUCAAUUUAGAGGAUAGCGCAAAGAUGUUUUAUGUUUUACAUUCUUGGUUGAUAUAAUUAGCAAGGGGAGAUUUGGACAAGUUAUGUUAAUUAUUAAAAGACUUUUCAAACAA